UCAGUGGCGUACGCUUUCAAAAUCUCUUCCUCCAUAAACACAGGAAAUGCCCGUCGUGUUAUUUCAUUAAUGUUUUAUUUGUGUGAGUGCGUCGCCCAGUUCAGCUGUAAUCAUAGAUGGAGUCCAAGGAUUCUGAAAGCAACGCGUCUCGGUCCCUGAGGCGAUCUACGCGGCAGUCAUCCUCUAAAGCGCUGGGUUUUGAACCGACCCCCAGGGGUCCGCUGAAGAGGACCAAGAGGGGCUCAGGGAGACCGGGUCCUGCUGCAGCAGUCAAUGGGUCCGGAGAUCAGGAGAAUGGCUCUGAGGAUGAAGAGUCCCCGGGCAAGAAGAGCCGGCUGGAGACUGGAGGACCAGCGGGAUGUGAUGAUGAUGGUGGUGUUGAUGAUGGGACCGAGAUGGAUGUCCAGGAGUCAGCUGGAGAUCUGAAGAAUAACCAGGAGCAGGAAACAGUCGCUUACAAUCAGGAAUCUUCUCAUGGCACUUGUCCAUCUAAACUCUACCAAGGUACCAUUGGAGAUGUGAAUUUACACCCUCGUGUAGUGUUACACGAAUACCGCCGACCCCAGGUUGCAAGUGAAGAGGCAGACUUGUUGGAAACCAAAAGAGUAAACUCAUCAACCAAAGGACCGGCAGCCCCCACCAAGUCUGCUGUGCAACACAGAUCAUUGGUGAACAGCCAUGAUGUGCCCACUACCACGACCAGCAUGGCUGAGUACAAGAAAAGGAUGGAGGCCAUUGCCAAGACAGCUGCUAUUCCCACAGUUAACGACGUGAGCCCAGGCGUUUACCCGUCAUCAGAGAAAUCCAUGUCAGUGCAUCAACGUUUGAGACACAUUCCAAUUCAAAAAGAAUCGGUAAAGCCCAAGAAAAAAGGAGGGAAAAAGAAAACAGAAGUCAUCAAGAAAAGCUCCAGAAAUUCUUCUCAGGGUUGCAUGUGGUAUUUCUGGUGUUUGGUUGGCCUGGUGCUGCUUGGUACUGUCGCCUUCCUGGCAUUCAAGAAAUUCCCUAUCCUCAGAAUGGUCGCAGACCUAAAAGGUCAUAUAUCCAGGGCUGAUGAGCCAGAUGUGUUUGCUGAUCAGUUGUCUCUUCUCGAGGCUCAAUUCCCCAGUCAGCGUCCAGAGUUGUGGAAAAGGAGCAUGAUACACCUGGGGAAGCACCUGAGAACAGCCCAGCCCACAGAGCCGGUGAGUCUGAUUUUCACCGCUGGCCGCAGUGCUGAGAGGACGCUGCACUGCCUCGCUCAGGGCCUGGCCUCCGCCUUCUCGUCUGUCAACAAAACCUCCGUCCUCCAAAUCGAUGGAGCCAGCAAAGCCAGUCAGGCCAGCGAUGAAGUGAAGCUGGCCAUUGACAGCCAACUGAAGGAGGCCUUUGAAGGUGAUAAACCGGUGGCAAUCAUCCAUCGCUUUGAAGAGCUACCUCCAAGCUCUACCCUAAUUUUUUACCGCUACUGUGACCACGAGAAUGCCGCGUACAAGCAGGUGUUCUUGUUGUUUACUGUGCUGCUACCUCAGGACGAGGUUAGCAGUGAGCAGAGUCUGAAGGAUGUGGACGAGAUGGUGCAAGACUAUCUAAAGGAGAGGCUGGUGGGCUCCAGCAACCAAACCUCCUUCAAUGAGAUGGACAAUAACAAGUACGGUGGCCUGUGGAGCCGCAUCUCGCACCUUGUUUUGCCUGUAGUGUCUGAGAAGGAAGUAGAGAAGAGAGGAUGCUCGUAAACCACGCUGGCUUCUCUGAAGAAACCAGGAUACCACUCUGGGCCAGCCUGACACUUUUUGGCACAGUGCAGAAGCUAGGAAACAAACGUAAAAUGGAAGUAUAAUGUGUGUGCUGUGAUAAUUCACAUAUAGACUUGAUUUGAAAGAGUUGAAAAUGGUAUUAAUCUCUCUCUGUCAGAGAUAAAAUUGUACUUAAGCUGCUGUCCUAUGUGUGAUCAGUUUAACUGCUUCCGAGAUGCUCAGCGCAGUUUUUAAUUAAAUGUGUUUACUUGUGCAGGCUUUGCAUCAGGCUGAAUCAAAUGGUGUUGAAUCAUCAUUCCACUUCAAACAGGGGAAUUUGGUCCAUUUCUCCCGUAGAUUUAACAUAUAACAAGAUGCAAAGCACUUUCUUCAAUUGAAUUUCCAUGUCCAACCCAUAGAUUGAAUAUAAAGAUGAACAAAGUGUCUCCCCUUCUUCUCACUAACCAGAUUGAAGCCAAAACUUCCCGGAUAUGAACGUGGCCAUCUUGUGACUCAGUUGUCUGAUGCUAGAAUAGUGGACUUGAUUGACAGUCCAGACUAUUAAAACCAAACUGUCACCAUCUUUGCAAACAGUCCAUGGUCCAAGCCAAAAGCGUUAAGGUUAAAUGGUGAAGAAUUACACUGGGUCCUCCUGUUAAAGUUAACUUUUUUUUAACUCAUAUUUCUUGUCUUUACCAAAUCUCAGAGACAACUGAUGACAUGCUUUAUAUUUCUGUCUAAUGUGUGCAUCCCUUCUUUUAAUUAUCUUGUGCACACAACUGGAAUGGAUUUGCACUGAAAAGGUUUUUCAUUUACUAGCCCUCAAAUCGAGAGUACUGGCUUUUAAAAAGAUACAACUUUUAUAUCUUUUGUUUUUGUUGAAUUUGUAUAUAUGUUGUUUGACUUUUUUAGAUUGGAUAUCUAUAUAUAUGUAUAUAGGAUUUAAAAAGGUCUGUUUUACCACCAAAAUGUAGUUAUGUUGUAAAAACACAGGUUUUUUGAAUUUGUACAAAUAUUUUGACAGAAUAUCACAAUGUGCCUUAAAUACUGACAUGGAGAUGAUUAGACUCAUCAGUCAUCUGACUCUGACACUCUUUGACGACAACUUCUGAACUCAAACAAGCAUUUUUGUUGAUUUCUUUCUUUAAUUUGUUCUAAUUUGCAUCAUUGUGUUCUUACUUGAUAUAACUCAUUCCUCUUAUUCUGUUAUUCUGAGAUGUUGCCCAUAUAUAGACCUGGAUAUUUUCAAUAAAGACUAUUUUGGUACCUGAAA